AUGGCGGAUCGGACAGCUCCUAGAUGCCAGCUCCGUCUGGAGUGGGUUUACGGGUACAGGGGUCACCAGUGCCGCAACAACCUGUACUACACGGCGGGCAAAGAGGUGGUCUACUUCGUGGCUGGAGUCGGCGUGGUUUAUAACACCAGAGAGCACAGCCAGAAAUUCUUCCUAGGGCACAACGACGAUAUUAUCAGCCUUGCAGUUCACCCAGAUAAAACUUUAGUAGCUACAGGGCAGGUUGGAAAGGACCCUUACAUCUGCAUCUGGGAUUCCUACCGUGUACAGACUGUUUCUGUUCUUAAGGAUGCACACACACAUGGAGUUGCCUGCUUAGCUUUUGAUUCAGAUGGCCAGCGUUUAGCUUCAGUGGGACUGGAUGCCAAAAAUACAGUGUGUAUUUGGGACUGGAAGAGAGGAAAACUACUGGCAACAGCUACAGGCCAUUCAGACAGGAUAUUUGAUAUUUCCUGGGAUCAAUAUCAACCGAAUAGAAUUGUCAGCUGUGGAGUAAAACACAUAAAGUUUUGGACGUUGUGUGGAAAUGCACUGACAGCAAAAAGAGGAAUAUUUGGUAAAACAGGAGAUCUGCAAACUAUCCUUUGUUUGGCAUGCGCAAAAGAAGAUGUCACGUACUCUGGUGCUUUAAAUGGAGACAUCUAUGUUUGGAAAGGGCUAAACUUAGUUCGCACGAUUCAAGGAGCGCAUAGCGCUGGAAUUUUUAGUAUGUAUGCUUGUGAGGAAGGUUUUGCGACUGGAGGGAGAGAUGGUUGCAUUCGGUUAUGGGACACUGAUUUCAAACCAAUUACUAAAAUUGAUCUCAGGGAAACUGAACAAGGAUACAAAGGUUUGUCCAUCCGAAGUGUCUGUUGGAAAGCAGACAGACUUUUAGCAGGGACACAGGACAGUGAAAUAUUUGAGGUGUUAGUAAGAGAGAGAGAUAAACCCAUGCUGAUUAUGCAGGGACAUUGUGAGGGAGAGCUCUGGGCCUUGGCAGUCCAUCCAAAGAAGCCUUUAGCAGUCACAGGCAGUGAUGAUCGGUCUGUACGAUUAUGGAGUCUUGCUGACCAUGCCUUGAUAGCUCGUUGUAAUAUGGAGGAAGCAGUGCGGAGUGUUUCUUUCAGUCCUGAUGGAUCACAGUUAGCACUUGGAAUGAAAGAUGGCUCCUUCAUUGUUCUUAGAGUAAGAGACAUGACAGAGGUAGUUCAUAUUAAAGACCGAAAAGAAGUAAUCCAUGAAAUGAAAUUUUCACCAGAUGGCUCUUACCUUGCUGUGGGUUCUAACGAUGGUCCAGUGGAUAUCUAUGCGGUUGCUCAGCGAUACAAAAAAAUAGGAGAAUGCAACAAAUCAUCUAGUUUUAUUACUCAUAUUGACUGGUCUGUGGAUAGUAAAUUCUUGCAAACCAACGAUGGUGCAGGAGAGAGACUGUUCUACAAGAUGCCUUCUGGGAAGCAUCUAACUAGCAAAGAUGAGAUCAAAGGAAUUCAUUGGGCCUCAUGGACCUGUGUGAUAGGAUCUGAAGUAAAUGGUAUUUGGCCAAAAUAUACAAACAUUACAGACGUCAACUCUGUGGAUGGAAACUACAAUAGCUCAGUGUUAGUGACUGGAGAUGAUUUUGGACUGGUUAAAUUGUUCAGAUUUCCAUGCCUAAAGAAAGGAGCUAAAUUUAGAAAAUAUGUUGGCCAUUCAGCACAUGUAACCAAUGUCCGAUGGUCCCAUGACUUUCAGUGGGUUUUAAGUACAGGAGGUGCUGAUCACUCUGUCUUUCAGUGGCGAUUUAUUCCUGAAGGGAUAACAAAUGGCAUCCUCGAAACAGCUCCGCAAGAGGGUGGCAUCGAUUCCUACAGUGAAGAAUCAGAUUCAGAUUUAUCUGAUGUGCCAGAGUUAGAUUCUGACAUUGAACAGGAAGCUCAAAUCAACUAUGAUCGCCAGGUUUACAAAGAAGAUCUACCUCAGCUGAAACAACAAAGUAAAGAGAAAAACCAUUCUGUGCCCUUCCUUAAAAGAGAGCGAGCACCUGAGGACAGUUUAAAAUUGCAGUUUAUACAUGGUUAUAGGGGCUAUGACUGUCGAAAUAACUUGUUCUACACACAGACUGGAGAAGUAGUGUAUCAUAUUGCUGCUGUAGCUGUUGUAUAUAAUAGACAACAACACACUCAAAGGCUGUAUCUUGGUCAUGAUGAUGACAUCCUCAGCUUAUGCAUUCACCCAGUGAAAGACUAUGUCGCUACUGGACAGGUUGGGAGAGAUGCUGCUAUUCAUGUUUGGGACACACAGACACUGAAGUGUUUAUCAUUGCUCAAAGGCCAGCAUCAAAGAGGAGUGUGUGCGCUGGAUUUUUCAGCUGAUGGAAAAUGUUUGGCAUCUGUUGGGCUUGAUGAUAAUCAUGCCAUUGUGUUUUGGGACUGGAAAAAAGGAGAAAAGCUAGCAACAACUAGGGGUCAUAAAGAUAAAAUAUUUGUAGUGAAGUGUAAUCCACAUCAUGUAGACAAACUAGUCACGGUUGGGAUGAAGCACAUCAAAUUUUGGCAGCAAACAGGUGGAGGCUUUACAUCAAAACGAGGAACAUUUGGAAGUACUGGAAAAUUGGAAACUAUGAUGAGCGUUUCAUAUGGGCGAAUAGAAGAUUUAGUUUUCUCUGGUGCUGCUACUGGAGACAUUUUCAUCUGGAAGGAUACACUGUUGCUUAAGACAGUGAAAGCUCAUGACGGGCCUGUAUUUGCAAUGCAUGCAUUGGAUAAGGGGUUUGUAACUGGUGGAAAAGAUGGAAUUGUGGCACUUUGGGAUGAUAUGUUUGAAAGAUGUCUGAAGACGUAUGCUAUUAAAAGAGCAGCACUAUCUGCUAGUUCCAAAGGUUUACUUUUAGAAGACAAUCCCUCUAUUCGAGCCAUCAGUCUAGGACAUGGGCAUAUACUAGUGGGAACUAAAAAUGGAGAGAUACUUGAAAUUGAUAAAAGUGGUCCUAUGACUCUACUGGUUCAGGGACAUAUGGAAGGAGAAGUCUGGGGCUUGGCAGCUCAUCCUAUCUUGCCUGUCUGUGCAACAGUGAGUGAUGAUAAAACACUUCGAAUCUGGGAACUUUCUUCUCAGCACCGCAUGCUGGCAGUGAGGAAACUCAAAAAAGGUGGACGAUGCUGUGCCUUUUCUCCUGAUGGGAAAGCCUUGGCUGUAGGAUUGAAUGAUGGGAGUUUUCUGGUGGUAAAUGCUGACACUGUUGAAGAUAUGGUAUCUUUUCACCACAGAAAGGAAAUGAUCUCAGAUAUAAAGUUUUCACGAGAAUCAGGAAAAUACCUGGCUGUGGCUUCCCAUGAUAAUUUUGUGGAUAUUUACAAUGUGCUUACCAGCAAAAGAGUUGGCAUUUGUAAAGGUGCAUCUAGCUAUAUCACACACAUUGACUGGGACUCAAGAGGAAAGUUAUUGCAAGUCAAUUCUGGUGCCAAGGAACAACUGUUUUUUGAAGCACCAAGAGGGAAAAGGCAUAUUAUAAGAAUUGCUGAGAUAGAGAAGAUUGAGUGGGACACCUGGACAUGUGUUCUGGGUCCUACUUGUGAAGGAAUUUGGCCCAUGCACAGUGAUGUCACCGUUGUAAAUGCAGCUACUCUUACAAAAGAUGGAACGCUAUUAGCUACAGGAGAUGACUUCGGUUUUGUGAAGCUUUUUUCAUAUCCAGUAAAGGGCCAACAUGCAAAAUUCAAGAAGUAUGUGGGUCACAGUGCACAGGUAACCAAUGUUCGGUGGUUACACAAUGAUUCUGUGCUGCUGACUGUAGGUGGUGCUGAUACAGCUUUAAUGAUCUGGACCAGAGAAUUUUUGGGCGUUCAGGAGAGUAAGCUGGUUGAUAGUGAAGAAUCAGACACAGAUGCAGAAGAAGAUGGAGGGUAUGAUAGUGAUGUUGCAAGAGAAAAAGCAAUUGACUAUACCACUAAGAUAUAUGCAGUAAGCAUCCGAGAAAUGGAAGGGACAAAACCACAUCAACAGCUGAAGGAAGUUUCAGUCGAAGAGAGGCCGCCAGUUAGCAGAGCAGCUCCUCAACCUGAAAAACUGCAAAAGAACAAUAUCAACAAAAAAAAGAAACUGGUUGAGGAGCUGGCUUUAGACCAUGUUUUUGGAUACAGAGGAUUUGAUUGUCGCAACAACCUUCAUUACCUAAAUGAUGGUGCUGAUAUUAUUUUCCACACAGCUGCAGCAGGCAUAGUUCAAAAUCUUUCUACUGGUAGUCAGAGUUUCUACCUGGAGCAUACUGAUGACAUUCUCUGUCUAACUGUGAAUCAGCACCCAAAGUAUAAAAAUAUUGUGGCAACCAGCCAGAUCGGUACAACUCCCACAAUUCAUAUAUGGGAUGCUAUGAGUAAGCAAACAAUUUCAAUGCUACGUUGCUUCCAUACCAAAGGGGUCAACUAUGUCAGCUUCAGUGCAACUGGCAAACUUCUGGUUUCAGUGGGAGUUGAUCCAGAACAUACUAUCACAGUGUGGAGGUGGCAAGAAGGGGCUAAAGUUGCUAGCAGGGGAGGACACCUGGAGAGGAUAUUCGUUGUAGAGUUCCGCCCAGAUUCAGACACUCAGUUUGUGUCUGUUGGGGUAAAACACAUGAAGUUCUGGACAUUAGCUGGCAGUGCUUUGCUUUAUAAGAAAGGAGUCAUUGGUUCCAUGGAAGAUGCCAAAAUGCAAACCAUGCUUUCUGUUGCCUUCGGAGCAAAUAACCUUACAUUUACUGGUGCCAUAAAUGGAGAUGUCUACGUCUGGAAGGAUCAUUUUCUGAUUAGACUUGUGGCAAAAGCUCACACAGGGCCAGUGUUCACAAUGUACACAACUCUUCGGGAUGGACUCAUUGUUACAGGAGGCAAGGAGAGACCCACUAAAGAAGGGGGAGCUGUAAAGCUAUGGGAUCAAGAGAUGAAACGGUGUCGAGCAUUUCAGCUUGAGACAGGCCAGCUCAUCGAGUGUGUGCGCUCCGUCUGCAGAGGAAAAGGGAAAAUUUUAGUGGGAACAAAAGAUGGGGAAAUCCUCGAAGUAGGAGAAAAAAAUGCUGCUUCAAACUUGUUAAUUGACUGUCACAUGGAAGGGGAAAUUUGGGGCUUAGCAACUCACCCCUCAAAAGAUAUAUUUAUCUCUGCAAGUAAUGAUGGAACAGCAAGAAUCUGGGACCUGUGUGACAAAAAACUGCUGAACAAAGUUAAUCUAGGCCAUCCAGCAAGAUGUGCUGCCUAUAGUCCUGAUGGUGAGAUGGUUGCCAUCGGCAUGAAGAAUGGAGAAUUUGUUAUUUUACUUGUUAACAGCCUUAAGGUUUGGGGCAAAAAGCGAGACAGGAAGUCUGCAAUUCAGGAUAUUAGGAUCAGCCCAGAUAACAGGUUUUUGGCUGUGGGUUCACAAGAACAUACUGUAGAUUUUUAUGAUCUCACUCAAGGUACAACCCUAAACCGAAUAGGCUACUGCAAAGACAUCGCAAGUUUUGUCAUCCAGAUGGAUUUUUCUGCAGACAGCAAAUACAUACAGGUAUCAACUGGUGCCUAUAAGCGUCAAGUUCAUGAGGUACCACUAGGAAAGCAAAUAACUGAUCCUGCCAUGAUAGAGAAGAUUACAUGGGCCACAUGGACAAGCAUUCUUGGAGACGAAGUCAUUGGAAUUUGGCCACGAAAUGCAGAUAAAGCAGAUGUCAAUUGUGCAUGUGUGACCCACGCUGGCCUAAAUAUAGUCACAGGCGAUGAUUUUGGUCUGGUGAAACUGUUUGAUUUCCCAUGCACAGAAAAAUUUGCCAAACACAAGCGGUAUUUUGGCCAUUCUGCACAUGUUACCAACAUCCGCUUUUCUCAUGAUGACAAGUAUGUGAUAAGUACAGGAGGAGAUGACUGCAGUGUAUUUGUAUGGCGAUGUCUUUGAAAGGCAACUUUUGCUGCUGUUACUGCCACCACCAAGUGACAGCUUUGGACUGGACAGCCAUGAAUGCCUCUACCCUUCAGCCGCUGGAAUUUCCACACGAUGCUGGGUGGAUUAUGCCUUUUCGGAUUACUCGUGACUUUACUGACCGUGAAUGCGAUCUUGCGAUUCAAAGACCAACAUCCUUGAGCAAGAAGCUGAAGUUUGAAAGCGACAUGUUUUGUAAGAGGGGUAAGCUAAAGUGAACAGUUAACACCCUAAGCUGCUUUUGCCUAAUACUGUAUUAAUUCAAAUCACAUCUGAAAAGGGAGGACACAGAGGGCCCUUUAAUUUGCAUAAUUUCAAAAUACGUGGCUUAAAUAUUCACUCAAAAAAGUGUUUUUACCACACCUGCUUAAAACUCAAAUUUAGUGCACUAAGUAAAGUCACAAGCUUUUAAUGAGCACACUGGGUUCAUGCUUCAGCUUUCAGGAAUUGGAGGAGCAAAGUAUAAUUUUUGUUUCAAUAUAUUCAUUUGGCAAAAUUUUCUAUCCAUGAAGUGCCUUUGAACAGUGUUUCCAGUAGUAUGGGCUACAAUCUUGCCUCCCACCAAUGUCUGCUUUCAACAUAUGGUGCUAUAACUUUCACACAGAGGAGGGCUAACACUAACACUUUUCCAGAUGUGUACUUACGUUAUCUGCUAAAUUCCUGUUUAGUGCUUUGGUUUUUAAUACCUUCAGAAAUGAAUUCCAAAAUGUUUCCAAGAGCAGGAACCUAUGCAUCAUUAUGAGGACAAAACUGGUGGUGUGACUUCUCUUGGUAAGCUAUACUCAAUUGGUUCAGAUGGUAGAUGGGCUGCAGCCAGCAUUUGAAGCUUAACUCAAAGUGGGGACAGGAGUGGGGGAAGUAGAAAGAUUUUUUUAAACACAAAUAAUGAGGAAGUUGUUCCCCAAGCAUUUCUGCAAUCUCCCUGUUGGCAGGCAAACAUGCUUCAUAUUUAACUGCCAUCCCAAGCAGUGACCAUCUAGUGCAUUAAAGUAUUUCGAAAGCCACCAGCAAUCCUUGUUUCCCAUUAUGCCCUCUGGAGAGAGAGCCAGAGUGAUCUUUGAGACCACCUGGUACCUCACCAAUAAGGGAUGUGAACCCUUCAGUGGGCAGCUAGGCCCAUGCUAUUUAGACAUAGAAAAUAAAUCACUCUGGUACCUGACAGUUUACUUACUCCUGAGAAAAGCAAAAUCUUUGCUAAAUUUAAACUCCUCUCCCCAUCCUUGCUUCUCUUGCACCGUGUGCAGCCCCCUGCUCUGUGACUAGGCUGUGGGAUCAUGGGGCAGGACAGCGGCAGGCAGCUGAAAUGAAAUAUGAGAUCUCGCCACUUGAAAAUGGAGACUAUGAGCAGAUGUUCACAAAAAGCAAGAAGAGCUCUUCAGCAGUUGUUACUGAACUUCUUGGCAAAACCAAAAAUGAUAGGGACAGUGGAAUUGGAGAAAGAAAAGAAAGUUCAAAUUUUCAAAUGAAACCUUAGAAAGGAACAGAAAACAUUGGCAGUUUCAAAAGACUUUGGAGAGUUCUGACAUGGAACGCCUCCAUAUUUUGGAAUGACCUUUCUUUUAAAAAGACUGGUUUUAAUCAAAAGAAAUUAAGGCCAAAAUAGAACAUUUUGAUUUACAUGUAGUCUUUGAAAAGAAAUACUGAAUUGUGGUUUAGUCCCAGUUCAGAUUAAUAGAAUUUAUAAUUGUGGAACCUUCCUGCCAAACCACUUCUGAUUCCCACUACAUAAGUGAGACAAUAGCUGUUGGACACAGAAUACCAUAAAAAUGACAAAUGAAACUACUAUCCAAUUAAAGGAGUCGAUCCAUGUAUAUUUAACACACAAAAGUGCUUCAGCAACCUCCAAGAAUCACCUUUUUUUAAAAGUGGAUUUAUUAAUGCCUUAUAUUACUAUACAGAUCAGUUUGUCAGAUACACAAUAAGAGUCCCUAUGCAGUUUUUUUUUUAAAGAAACCUUGUUGAUCAAAUAUUGUAAUCAUGUUAGGUGGUGAUGUCAGUGAGCACCUUCUUUGCUUUUGUUGUCAUGUUUGCCUUUCACAUUGAUUGUAUCCUGAAUAAAACCAGUUGCGCAGCAGAAGGAAUUAUUAAAUGGCUAUGUUAAAAAUAUCUUAGAGCAAUAGCGUCUGUCAGGAUAACACUUAAAAAUUUGUAUGUUUAUAUGGUUUGGCUUUAUGUAUAAAAUGUUCAGAGGUGAUGAUGUACUAUACUGUAAAUUAAAAUAUUAGUGCAUGAAUUUAUUUUUCAAUGGUCAAGAUGCCAUUAAUUUAAAAUCUGUGUCUCAAAUAAACUUGGAUACAAGUUUUCAAUGUCCAGCUUUCUAAAUCAGGCUCAAAAACAUCUGAAAAAUUAUUGGACUUGCUUAACAAUUUCCUUCAAACUAGCACAUGGCAUACAUUACUGUCUUCAAAAUAAAAGAAGCCAAGGAUCUUUACUUCUUUUAGCAGAAUCUAAAAUUUCAUCUUUUUCAAUAACAAUUUUCAACAACCAACUAACUCACAAGACUGACAGUCACCCAUGUCACUGAGCUGUCAGCGCAGCUGGCCAUGGUAACAACAGUGGCCUUCAGUAUUCAGCAUCGAGGCCUCCUCACUGCAGUAAAGCAUCUGCUCUACGAGAACUACGCGCCAAACUGAGCAUCACCCACCAACACAGCUAUCAGGACAUCAGAUCUGUAACUAGAACUGAACAAACUGCUUCACGCUGCACAAAAGGUAUCAUGAAAAAUCCAUCUACUCACAUUGCUAUUAAUCUGACAAGCUAUUUCUACCACCAUGUACAAUGGAUAUUUAAUCACGAUGAACUUAAACACAAAUAUAUUAAACUUACCUCAAGAAAGCAAAAUACCGAUAUUAUUUUAAGUCUAUAAGCUUUAUUGAUACUUGGGUUUGUUUUUUUUUUGUUUUGUUUUUGUUUUGUUUUGUUUUUACAUUUCACAAUGCAUUCCACAGACUUAGGUCAAUACAGCUUAAACUGCAAGUGUAUAAAUUUUCAUUUAUAAUUUCUUGCAUAACAAGGUUUUAAGUUUCCAAACAACAUUUGCAGCAUUAGAUAUUCAGUCCACAGAUUAUCAGAGUUUGAGAGACUGUAGAGUUAUUUGCUCAAAAUCAACUACUGCAUGUUUGCGCAACGAAGUGUAUGCUGUAAUCUUUUAAUAUAUGUGGCAGUUCCUUUGUUCAUUACUUUUUUUUGUUGUUUCUUUUAAACAGAUGCUAGUGUUUACAGAGACAUUUUAGUUUUUCAAGCUUGUGUGCUAUGGAGCUAGUCCAGAAAUCAGUCAAUUCUCUGAAGCACGAAGCACUGUGGAGCAGCUGAAAGAUCUAAGCUUUGUGAAACACAUAUAUAUAUAUAUUGGCAAUUGAUAAAACAAUAAAAUCACAAUACAGCUAUACUCAUACCAAAAAGGCAAGAUUUUUCAAAACUUGCUAAAAUGGUAUAUUCUUCUAAAACAUCUCAUUUUAGAAAAUCUGCAUCAAUCUACACAGACCAUACACAGUGCACAAACUGGGAAGUGUUAUCCUCCGCUCCACCUGCACUACCUCUUCUGGAACGCAGCAGCGCCUACCUCUGAUGAAGCAAAAUGUACAGCUUUCUCAAAUCUUUUUGUAUUAGCCAGUGCUGCACACUGG